GAUCGAUUGCGAUGAUGUCGAUGCCAUAGGGCUGCCCAACGCGAGCAAUUCGGCGGCCAGACGCUGCCGCCGCAUGGCUAGAGGAGCCAUGCGACGUAUUUGGCUCUACUGCAUCUAUGCGGCAGCUGCACUCCUAGAGAACGACACGCGCCCGCUGUGCCGCGACGUCCGCAUCCACGACGACCCGAAGAAACGGGAGGGCUACGGCAACCAGAUCCAUGCAUUAGUGUUUGCGGCGGAGUUCGCGCGGAGCUGCGGGCUGCGCGUGGCGAUACCGCGGACGGGCCGCUUCGGCGUCAUCUGCAGUCGCCUGGGCUGCAAGGCCCCUCAUGUGGACCGGCGCGACUUCGGGCAAGCACCUGAAGCGGACUUCGAGGCGACCUAUGUUGGCGGCGCCGGCGCUAGAUGUGCGGCGCGACGGACGCGCGACUGUCGACUUGCGGAUCCUCGGUGCAUCCAGAGGGCGAAUGAAAUCUCACAGAUAAAGUCGGAGGCCCUCCGGUCUAUACUAGACAUCCAUCACCCAGCUCGGAACGCGUCGUGCUCCGACGGUUCCGUGCCUCCAGCGACCUAUGACGUCGUGGUCCACAACCGCAUGUACACGACUAGGUUUGAGCGGAGAGACGAGUCCAUGUUCCGGAACAAGCACGACGGGCCCCUGAACGCAUCUGCAGAGGUUAUGCGUAUGCCGCCCUUCCAGGAAUUGGUUGGACCUAUCAUACGGUAUAUCACGGCCAAUAACCUGAGGCGGACGGUGUUUUUAGCCUCCAACGUGGCCGAAUCGAAAGCACAAAUCGCGCAACGAUUUAUAGAACAAAACGUAGUAGUGUGCCAGGUCGCGUCCGUCGACAAGGACCUGAGGCACCCCGACUACAUCGAGAACAAAAUAAGGCCGCUCUGCGACGACUGUCUGGAUGUCGCGUUUUCCGAAUGGUCCUAUCUCGCGAGAGCUACUCAUUUAAUAGCGCAGCUGGGCAUGCACUGUCUGGACAAGAACGGGACUUGUUUUUCACCUAGACAUCGCAUAUUAGGAAGGGCGUCUUCCUUUUCUCAUGUUGCCGCUACUUAUGCCCACGUGCCGACUACUACGAUUACCUCAAUGAAGGAUUUGGAUCCGUCUAGCUUCUACCCGCCGGGCUUCCGCACGCUUACACGUGAAAGACCCUUCCCGCACGCGUGCAAGCUCGAUUCUGUCAGACACGCGUACAUGACGUUCCCCGAUCCUAGGGAUAUACGACGGCGCGGGGGGGUGAAUGAGUUGGCUGCGGUGCCCGCGGAUCAGCAGGGAAAGUGGAGGGAGGCCUACAAGAAGCGUGCGUUAUAUAAGGACGGGCCGUACGUGCAGGCGCAGCCGCCUCCUAGAUGACUAAUGUGAAUGAAUGUC